GCGGCAACAAAAGGUGUGCAGAGCAGAAGAAGACCGCCAUUUGUCUUUGUCCACAUGUGCAACGGACGUCUUCUUAUAGAGCGCGAUUGACGAGGAUGGUCAGAUCUACUACCGCCUUCCUUCCGCCCUCCUUCCCUUAAACCUCAUGCGCCCGGCUCUUCUUCGACUACUGAAGAGGCCGUCAGCUCUCUCGGUUCUCGACUCCCUAAUAUCGAUGCCCAUUGGAGUUGAGCAAUUGGAUGUCGGACGCGCAGCUAAAUGUCUUCGCUGCUUGUCAAAGACCGCCAAACAGGCGAAAAGCGUGCCUGUUACAGAAUUGCAACACACAUCUGCCAACGAACCCUCUUUGGCAUCGACGAAGCGACCGUUCAGCUUCCGGGUUUACGAGAUUCAUUCGCCACACAAGCAGGCGGCAGCUGAAAGUGGAGGCCCUGCCAACCCACAUGGGAGUGGUACUGCGUCGGAUUCGCGAUGUCUGGGCCUCCAGCCGGAGAGAUUGGAGUACGAAUCGGACAUUGGGCAUACAGAUGACAUCGGAUCCCGUUUGAUAGACGACCCAGUGCAUCGGAACGAUUUCGCACUUUGGGAGGAAUUACUACGUUACCGGCAACGGCAUUAUGGGGACAAAGGCACGUUGGAUAUCUGGGAGGGCAUGACGGCCCGAGUUGGUGGGGUACAACUUCCUGUGCAUGGAGAAGUGGCCGAUUUCUUUUGGCAAAGCUUUGUGGAUGCUGGUCUACGGCGUGAUGUCGUGUUGAAUGAAGUUGCUAAUUAUGCGCUGGCGCUUUGGAACACAACAGGAAGACGCUGGGACAAGUUAUACGAAAGGGUGAUUGGUGGUUUUAUUGACAGGGGCAUGGCACAGCAGGCUGUUAAAUGGCACAGAAGACUUCAGCAUCCACAUCUGACGCACCCCGAUGAUAUACUACAUAUCUUUCGACCAGAAAUCACCAUUAGGCAGCAAAGCAGGGUCGCCGCUCUGAUGAAGUCUGGACGUCGGGCUACGUCACCAACCCUAUGGGCCUUCCGCAGCAUCUGUCGCAUGACUCAGGGCCACCAGAUCUACAUCCCCAUCAUGUCUAGGCUAAUGCGCAGUGGGCAUGUUGAUGAUAUGCUUUCCAUGCACAGGUUUCUCACGCAGCAAGAUGACCAUCCACACUCAUUUGUCGACCUUGAGCCAUUGUUAGAGAGCACGAAGGAGUACGGACCAUGGGAAUUCUACCAAGAGCUUUAUAGCUACGCCAGCCAACGAUUCCCUGGCAAACUGAAUGAACACGAAAAAACCAACCUCCAAUCCCGGACGGAGACUCCAAAAAAAAUCUCGCAUGAUGAGAGGCCCAUUAAGGAUGGAUUUGGCGCACGGAUAUUUGCCACGGAGGCUCUUGACUUCGACACAAUACUUUCUGGCCUGGAGAUGUUCAAUGUACCGGCACUUGGACCACAAUCCUUGCGGGAAAUGGCGCUUAGAGCCCGCGGGAGUCAAGAUUUGUUGAGCAAGCUCCGGCAGCUCGAACGAGCAGGCAUCUCCCUGGGGAACUCUGUCUUUGCGCGUCUCCUUCGCAAGCUCGCCUCGGAGAAUCGGGACAUUGUUCUGUCCGAUUUGCUCCGCUGCGACGAGCAUCCCGAUGUAUUCGAGGAUGCGCAUAUACAGGAAUCCAUACUUAUAUCUGCAUACAGGAGCCAGGACUGGCGUACGUAUCAUAUGACUCUGGCGGUCCUGAAUGAGGUAUCCGAAGAAGCGCCGGACUUGUUCAACAUCCAUUUCAGAAAGCAUCUUGCGGCCGGCGAGUUGGCAUUGGCUCUUAAGCUGGUCGACGAAAUGGCCCUGCGCAAAAAAGGGUUGAGCAAAGAGAGCAUCGACCUGAUGAUCACAUACGUCCUGAUUCCCCGCAGACCCGGUGUUGCUCCAACUAAGGGACAAGGUCGUUCUGAAGCUGUGGAAGUAACAUUCCUUUUCCGUGUACUACGACGCGUUGUCCCUUUGGGUGCGUCUGUGACCCCUGACGUUUGGGUUGAGAUGAUCAAGAGACUCGGAAUGAUGCACUGUUGGGAUGAGGUGCGGACCUGUUGCCUCUGGCUCGCACGUCAUUUUUCGCCUAACUCGGGAUCGAUAAACGAACCUUUGGAGAUCAUCUCACCAUCAACCACAUUAAAUUCCGCUCACGACACCCUAGUCCACAGACAUGGCAAUUCCGUGCUUGAGACCAUAUUCAACAAGCAGAUGCAAGCGGCGCUCGUCCAUUGGGGGUUCCGAAUGCGCGUUUCCUCCAAGCGAGACGAUUAUAACCCUUUUGGCGUGGAUGGAGAAAGACUUGUUCCUUGGGUACGCGGUCUUAUUCUUCUUCGCGAGUUAGAAGAGAACGGUGUGCAGCUUUGGAUGAGAUGGAUCAGCCAAGCCUGCCGGCACCGGCUUGCUGUUCUUUUCGGACGACCCCGACGUUCCAGUCGUCACAUGAGCCGCAUGUUGCGACAGGAGAAUCCUUACAGCGCUGAGCGAGUCCUAAAAGAUAUUAACCGUGCCUGGGGACAGCCACCCUUGUUCCAAGGUCGGAAAUCCAGGGAUUUCUACCGGCUGGUGAAUCCGCCCAGCUCGAGGAUGUCUCAGCGCAGGACACGGCGUACUGUUUGGAGGGAAGAGAAUCUGCGAGGAGCUGCCUUUGUGAGCAGCCGGUGAAUAUGUACCAUAUACCAUGUGCCAUGUACCAUAUACCACAUAGAAUAGAGCGAUAGACUGUAAUGAUACCAUACUAGUAG